ACUUGGAGAAAGACGAAAGACGAAAGACGAAAGACGAAAGAGAAAACGAAAGACGAAAGACGAAAGAGAAAACGAAAGACGAAAGAUAGUCGAGAAGUGGAGGAGAAGGUGGCGACCAUUAACGGCGAAGAAGACGGAGAGACGCGCAGCAGUCGUCUCCAAGUGUUUCUGUCGUCCUUGUUUUCGAGUCUGGGUGGAGUUUUUGGUGGUAACGGUCAAGAAAUUCAAGAUCUUGAAAUGGCUUCGAAAGCCGUCGCUGUUGGGCCUCAACAAGAACAGCAACAACAACCCCACAAAGAGGGAGGUAAGCAGAAGAAAGUGGCAGCAGAGGGGAAAAAUAGGCAGGUUCUUAGAGAUAUUGGUAACCUCCAUGGCCAAGCCCCCGCAGCAGCACCGGAUAAGACCAAGAAACCCGUCACACAACCAGUUCAUGGGAAAUUCAAAUCCGAUAAUGCAACCAAGGUUGUAGCAGUGGUUGAAAAUGACAAGAUUAGUGGUGUCAACAGGCAAGGGGUGGCCUCAAGGAAGAGUGUCAGGGCCUUCACAUCAACUCUCAGUGCCCGAAGCAAAGCUGCUGCUUCUGGACUGACUAGUAAGCUAAAGGAUCUAAAGCUAGACAUCGAUACAGCUGAUGCUGAUAACGAGUUGGCAGUAGUAGAAUAUUUGGAUGACAUCUACCAGUUUUACAAGCUCUCACAAGAUGAGAACCGCGUUCAUGAGUACAUGGAUUUACAGCCUGAAAUAAAUGCCAAGAUGAGAUCAAUCCUUGUAGACUGGUUGAUAGAAGUUCAUCACAAAUUUGAACUCACGCCAGAAACCCUCUAUCUUACCGUAAACAUUGUAGAUCGAUUUCUUUCAGUAAAACUUGUGCCGAGGAGGGAGCUUCAGUUAGUUGGUAUCAGCUCAAUGCUUCUAGCAAGCAAGUACGAAGAAAUUUGGGCGCCUGAGGUUAAUGACUUUGUUUGCAUUUCAGACAAUGCUUAUGGUAAAGAAAAGGUGUUGGUCAUGGAAAAAGCAAUCUUGGGAAAGCUGGGAUGGUGUCUAACAGUUCCCACACCGUACGUCUUCCUUGUUCGCUACAUCAAAGCGUCUGGACCAUCUGAUAACGAUAUGGAGAAUAUGGUGUUUUUUCUUGCUGAAUUGAGCUUGAUGGACUAUACCAGUAUGAUUCUGUACUGCCCUUCAAUGAUCGCUGCAUCUGCUGUUUAUGCUGCUCGAUGCACCCUUGACGAGAGCCCUUUAUGGACUGAAACUCUCAAGCAUUACACUGGAUAUUCAGAAGACGAGCUCAAGGAUUGCGCAAAGGUUCUGGUAACCCUUCAUUCGGCAGCUGCAGAGAGUAAGCUCAAGGCAGUCUAUAAGAAGUUCUGUUGCUCGAAGCGUAGCGCGGUUGCUCUUCUUUCACCAGCCAGUGGCCUUUCUGCCGAACCACUCUGAAUAUUAAUAUUAUCGUGUUCUGUGGAUUAAUCAAUGUUUUGAGAUCAUUUUGUUGUUAUGAUCCUUGCUUGCAGCAAUCUAUUGUAAUAUUUUCGACUCAAAAAUACUGUUGAUGUAUUUCAAUGCUCAUGAAUGAAUGAUUCUUCUUCGAGUAAAA